AAUGUGUUGUAACUUUGUAAGGACCUGCUGAAUUCCAUUUAAUACAAAAUUUUUACAUGUUUUGGCAUCUUUUUGUGUCUCUUGGAUAUAUAUAGUACAAAUUGAUGCAAAAUGCCUUUUUUUGUUAAAGCAAAGAACAAUUCCCAAACUAAGCCCAGCCCCAAGGGACGAAAGGAAAGAAGAAAAGCCAAGUUUGGCCGGGAGAGCAAAGUUGCAAAUUUUCCAAAAAGAAAGAGAGGAAGCAAAUUUCAAGAUGAGGAAAUUGAAUCUUCAGCAUCUUCUUCAGAUGAGGAACAGAUUGAACAUAUCAAGCGCUUCAAGCCUGAUGAUUCAAUGGUUCCUGACAGCGAUGAAGAGCAUGAAACAGCUCAAGAGAAAAAAGAACGCCUUGCUAAUGAAUAUAUCAAAGAAUUAGAAACAAUGAAAUCUUUGGCUGCUGAGGAUGCAGAUGACAAAGAACAACAUUCAGUCUCUCUUCAGCAGCAGCUCAGGGAAGAUGUUUUGAAGGCAUCUGGCAAGUUGCACAAAAAAGUUGCCCUAACUUAUGCAGCUGCAGAAAAUCAUACAAUCUCAAUACUACAGUGUAAAAAAUUUCAAUGGAAAACCCUUACUUCUAUUGCCAUCAACCCAACUGACAACUCUAUUUUUUCAGGAUCACUUGAUGGAUCUAUUGUCAAGUAUAGUAUAUUCGGUGAAAGAUUAGGUGUCAUCAAGAGCUUCCAUCAAAAUCCUUCUGAGACAGAACCUCGGCACAAAGCCGCUGUUUUUGCAUUGGCUAUUUCAUCAAAUGGAAAAUAUUUGGUGAGUGGUGACGAAUCAGGCAUGAUUUACGUCUGGGAAGCUGAGACUCUUCGCUACGUUGAUAAGCUCAAGAGACACACUCGGGCCGUGACUGGCCUCGUAUUCAGACGUGGUACUCUGACUCUCUACUCCUGCUCCCUUGAUCGUCUUGUCUUUGAGUGGUGCCUCGAGAACAUGGCGUUUGUUGACAACUUAGGAGGCCAUAGCUGUGGAGUACUUGGCAUAGACGCUUUGUAUCGGCCGUCGUGCAUCACUGUAGGAGGAGCUGAUGAAACAGUUAACGUUUAUGCUAUGGAAGAGGACAAGCAGUUUCAGUUCACCGGCAAACAAGUCUCCAUAGACGGCGUCAAACUCGUCAAUGAAAACACAUUCCUCACUCAUGGCCAGGACGGGUCGGUGUGCCUGUGGUCAACCAACAGGAAGCGGCCGUUGCAGCACCUGAAGGUGACGCACGGCUACAUCGCCCCCCACUCCCCUGAACCUCAAUGGGUGACUGCCUUAGCGUCGCUUGUCAACACCGACCUCGCAGCUUCCGCAGGUUCAGGCGACGGCAUGAUCAGGCUAUGGCGCGUCGACGCCCAGGCGCACAAGUUGUUCGCUCUGCAGCGUAUCGCCAUUCCUCCUGGGUUUGUCAACAGCCUAGAAUUUACGGCAGAUGGAUCCAAGCUUGUCGCUGCUAUCGGUCGUACACAUAAACACGGCCGUUGGUUCGUCAACAAGAAAGCUAAGAAUUGCGUGGUAGUGAUCAGCUUAGUGACCUUAGAGCAAAUGCGUUCAAAGCCUGGAGUUGAUGUUAGCACCUCAUCUGAUGACGGAAAUGAAAUAGAAGUCAGCCAGAAUGGGGACGCUGGUAGUGAAAAUAUUGACGUUUCUGAGGGAUCUGAUGAAGAUAAUGAAACCGAGUGUGAGCAAGAAGAAAACAGUGAUGGUGAAGAAGAUGAAAGUGGUGAAGACGAAAAAAUAUCAGAUGAUGACAGCGACGGAGAAAAUAAUGCAGAUGGAAGGAGAAAAUCUUCUCGAGAAUUGGAUACAAGUGAUCAGGAAGUGAACAUUCCCAGAAGGAAGUCUCUUGUGCUUCUAAAACGAAGGCGUUAAUCUCAGCGUUGAUUGAAUAAACAACUUCUCAUGUUUUCU